AUGGGCUUUAGAAAUUAUAUUCGAAGAUCAACAUUGAAAUUUGAAUUUAUGCUUGCUGUAGGAACAACUCUUCAUUGUUUUCCAUCAUUCUAUCGAAGUGGUUUUACAUAUUUUCAAGUUCUACGUGUCGCUCGUCUACUUAAAUCAAUUCCUUUACUUGAAGGUUUUCUUCAUAAAAUUUUUGGUCCGGGUAGAAAACUUAGUAGUUUAAUUUUAUUUACAAUGUGUUUAUUAUUGAUAACAUCAUCGAUUAGUAUGCAAUUAUUUUGUUUUAUUAAAGGUCUUGAACAAUUUGAAACAUUUCCUCGUGCAUUUAUGUCUAUGUUUCGUAUUGCUAUGAAUGAUGGUUGGACAGAAGUGAUGUAUUCAGCAAUGGACGAAGUUUAUGAAUUUGGAGUAUUCUUUUUAUGUCUCACAGCACUUUUCUUUAUUUUUUUUCAUUUAUUAACUAAUUCGGCAUUUAUACGUUCAAUAUGA